AUGAGGAUUUUCAUAGCCUUUGAAGGACUUUGCGAAUCUUUUGACAUUUCAUCAGAGAAUACAGUGAAAGAUGUGAAGCUGAUGGUAAAGGAUUAUUUUCAUGUUCCUCUCUCUGAAGACAAGCAAGGUAGGCGGUAUUUGGAGCUAACCUAUGCAGGAGCAGUGUUAAAGGACAGCUGGAUACUUGCUGAUAUGGGCAUAUCAGUUUCUUGCACAAUUAAAUGUGUUGUUAAGGAAGAAGAUAAGCCCAUUUUCUAUGUUUACAAUGCUGUCACUCAUGAAAAAGUGCCCAUCAUUGGAAAGAUUUUUCUUCUGGGGUCAAAGGUUUCCCAACUGAAAACCCUGGUAACCCUGAAGUGUGGCUUCCCAAAUAGUAUUUAUUGUCUCAGGACUCCAGAAGGCCGAGAAAUGUAUGACUGCAAUACCUUGAGCAAUUAUCAGUUAGAUAUAGGCACAACUCUUCAUCUGGAUGUUUGGGAUGGAUGGAAAGAAUUCCUGACUGGAUGUAUCUUAGGAAACAAACCCAAAGUCCAACACUAUCUGUCAAAGGAAGAGCCGGUGCUCAAAUAUCAAAAGAGGGUAGCACUUUAUAUGGCAGCCUUUUUUGGACACCUUCAGCUUUUGACGUGGCUCUUAAAACAGGGUGUGAAGCCUACUGAAGCAGUUGGUGUACACCCCUAUCGAGAGUGGUGUCAUGAAAACAAUAAUCCGGAUGUCACCAAAUGCCCAGUUCAUGCAGCUGCAGAAGCUGGUCAACUCAUGAUGCUGAAAGCCUUUGUCAAUUACAAUGUCUUAUGCCUGGAAUGCCAAGACUCUGCAGGAAGAACUCCGUUGCAACUAUGUAUCCAACACAGACAUAAGGACUGUGUGCUGUAUUUAGUCACUAAGAUGUGGUCAGUGGUUUCUUGCCCUAAUUUCUCUCUUCCCAUGAAAAUCUACUUUAAGUUAAAAAUGUGGCUUCUUCAGGCUCAAAAUGGCAUCCAUGCAAUGAAGCGACGCAACCAGGCAUCAGUCUUCAGAACACGAGUUGGGGACAUUGUCUUUGUGGAUGGUUUCACUAAACCCAAAAUGACAUCCAGAGGUUUUAUUUCAGCCACAGUCAAUGGUGCAGGCAGCAGAGGCUGCAAGCUGCCAAACUUAAAUAAUCAGGUCCAACAUGGGCAGGGUGACUGCCAUUUAACAGUUUCAAAGGGGUACCUCAAAAGGACAAAUGUCGAAUUACCUCCAGUGAUAGAUGCAAACAAGAAUGCUAAUGCAGUCAGACUUCAGCGAAAAAAGAAUACCAGAAGGAAGAAUCUGCACAGUAGCAAUGAAGAAAAUAUGGACCAAAAUAUGUGUUUAGCAAGAGUCCCUCUACCCCCUAUUUCUGUCCUCAGACCAGCUUAUUAUUAUUCCAUACCAAAUGCAAAGUUUCUGCUAAAUUCUUCUCUGGAGUCUUUUUCAGAACACAGUGGAAGAUCACCAAGGGAGAACGCAAUCUACUGCUUAGCCAUAACAAGUGCAUUUAAAGAGAAACCUUGGCUCCAACAACUUGGCAUUGCAAGAAACCUGGCUAAAAAAAGCAUACACAAGUCUGUGUACUGACUGAACAGCCCGUUUGAAAUGAGCAUUUUCUGGAGAUGAUCCAUCUUGAAAUGAAAAGUUACGGUUGGAGAUUGUGUUAUAUCCUGACUACUGGA